AUGGUCCAAUCGAUGGUACCACAUUUUCCUAAUCACCUGCCUCGUCCUGCUUUUCAUCGACCCACUCUACUUUUAGCUGCCCUACGCCGUCGACGGCGCCACGUGUAUGUCCGUCGGCGACCACGCCUCUGCUACGAUGACGGUGUUCGAUUUCAUCUACCUCGUGCAUAUGUUAAUGUAAAUUCCAGAUGGCGUUUGGGGGAGCUCAUGAUGUAUAAUGAAGAGGUAUCUCAGCUCAGGUCGGAUUUCGUUGGUGAUCUAACGGCCACGAUCCUUUUGCCUCAGAUCUCAACAAAAUACUGUGUAAAUGCAAUGCCAGGCUUAGAGGAACUAUGCAGUCCAAAAUAUACGAACAAUUUUAGUCAUUUUGUUGGUCUUGUGGUUAAUAAACUGGAUGAGUUCUGGGGAAAGUGGGAGAUUUUGUCCGAGUUAUCUGAGGAGCAUGACAAUGACAAUUCUGAUUUUAAGUUCAGGAUGUUUGUCGAUGCUUUUACUAGUAUCUUUCUGCCUCUGGUAAGGCUUGAGAAAGUUGAGGUGAUGAUAAUUGUGUUUUUACAUUUGUUCAUCUGUUGGUUUCCCUUUCACAUUUCAUAUGGACAUAAUCUAACCACGAGCACAUACAUAGGCGAGACAUCAUCAUUCUGCAUCAGCUUGUGUAUAUUCGGUCUCAUUCUAUUUUCACAGCUUAUUGGCAAUAUGCAGCAG